UAUCGCUCUCUCUGAUCUAUAAAUACAGAUAGUGUGAAUCGUAGCGGGCGUAUCGGUGUGAAGGACAGCUCCUCUUCCUCUUCUUCUUCUUAGACACACACAUACACAGACAGAAAGAGAAAGAGAAGCGUAGAUCUAUUUGUUGCUUCAAGGUCGCGCUCUUCCUCAGAUCGUCUGUGAUUGCUGAUUGAUAGAUAAUUUGGGUUGGUUUUGAAAAUUUGAAGGUGAAAAAUGGGGCUGUCUUUCACGAAGCUUUUCAGUCGGCUCUUUGCCAAGAAAGAGAUGCGUAUUCUGAUGGUGGGUCUCGAUGCGGCUGGUAAGACCACCAUUCUCUACAAGCUCAAGCUCGGCGAGAUCGUCACCACCAUUCCCACCAUUGGAUUCAAUGUGGAGACUGUGGAAUACAAGAACAUCAGCUUUACCGUCUGGGAUGUUGGGGGUCAGGACAAGAUCCGACCUUUGUGGAGGCAUUACUUCCAAAACACACAAGGACUUAUCUUUGUGGUUGAUAGUAAUGAUCGUGACCGUGUCGUUGAAGCCAGGGAUGAGCUGCACAGGAUGUUGAAUGAGGAUGAGUUGAGGGAGGCUGUCCUCCUUGUAUUUGCAAAUAAGCAAGAUCUUCCAAAUGCCAUGAAUGCUGCUGAAAUUACUGAUAAGCUUGGCCUUCACUCCCUCCGUCAACGCCACUGGUAUAUCCAGAGUACAUGUGCCACAUCUGGUGAAGGACUGUACGAGGGACUUGACUGGCUCUCAAACAAUAUUGCAAACAAGGCAUAGAUGGUGUUGAAUUUUGUGCGGUGACGAAGUUGGACAUUGAUCCUCGGUGCUCUGCAUUUGCUACCGUUUUAAGUACCUUAUUUUACCGUGUUUGUGUUUUCUUUUGCAAACAGUGCCUUUUUUUACCUGUAGUCUAUAAGAAUAAUUCGUAAGUUGUCAAUUUUUCUCACGGUAUUAACUCAAUAGCAUUGUUUCCCCGAUUGUUUGUGUAAUGAAAUAGCUGCCAUUUCUUUGUUUA